UCAGUCCGUCGCAUCACAUUCCACUGUUUCCCUCUCAUUUCGAUUUGGAAUUUGGUAGGGAGAAGAGACGAGUGGGAGAGAGAUGAGGGAGGAGGCGGUAGAGACGCUGCGAGGGGUGGUGCGCGACUGCGUGAGCAAGCACCUCUACUCGUCGGCCAUAUUCUUCGCCGACAAGGUGGUGGCAGCCACCGGUGACCCCGCCGACAUCUACAUGCAGGCUCAGGCCCUCUUCCUUGGCCGCCAGUACCGCCGCGCCCUCCACCUCCUUAAUUCCUCCCAGAUCGUUCUCCGUGACCUCCGCUUUCGUUACCUCGCCGCCAAAUGCCUGGAAGAGCUAAAAGAAUGGCAUCAAUGUCUGGCAAUGCUUGGUGAUGCUAAAGUUGAUGAGCAUGGAAAUGUUCUCUCACAAAAUGAUGGGACUGCAAUGUACUUGGAUAAGGAUACUGAAGAUCAUGAAAUUAAUAUUACUUCAGCAAUUUGUUUUUUACGUGGCAAAGCAUAUGAGGCUUUGGAAAAUCGUGCUCAAGCCAGACAAUGGUAUAAAGCAGCUGUUAAAGCAGAUGCAUUAUGUUAUGAGGCUUUGGAAUGUCUGGUUGACAAUUACAUGCUCACGUGUGAGGAGGAAUCAAGUCUAUUAUCAUCUUUGCAAUUUGGAAAAGAUGAUAAGUGGUUGUCAUCAUUCUACUCAUGUCUUGUAAAGAAGCACGUCAAAGAACAUGUUGUAGAAUUCUCAGAGAUGGGCCACUUUGAGAAGCUGGAGAUCAGGGUUCAGUGA